GAUCUCCACAUUGCUUUGCUAGGAUUGAACCCUGGCAGCAUGGCGGCCAUGGCAGUGAGGCGACAGAUCUGAGGAAAAGGGUCAAUACCGGGCCCCAUCGCCCGCCCGCCUCCAGGACCUGUCAAGAUGACAGAGCGCCUUUUGACUGGGGCGGCCAUGCUUGGGGAAGGGCCGGACCCCAACUGGGUCGACAACUUUUCCAGCUUCAUCCUUUCCCAGGACUAUGACCAAGCGCGGGAGGUCCUUCGAGCAGCCAUCUCCAGAGGUGUGAGCAGUCAACUUGCAGAGCAGUACGCCAAGGUCUUGGAAGACUUCCUUCAGAAGCGUGACGAGGUUGAACAUCCGGUGAUCCUGGCGCAACACGACCAGUGCAUCGUUAGGCAGACCGUCAAUGGCCAAGGCCGUGGACUCUUUGUUCCGAGCUAUCAGACCUGGGGCGUCCAGCUCUGGAAGCAGCGGCCGCUGGCGUUUAUGCAAUCUGGCAUCAGCCGAAGGUCUGUACAGGUUUGCUGUGCCUGCUUGCUGCCAAUUGGUAGCUUGGCAUCGCAGCUCCGACAUGUGGGUCUCGAUCCGCCCGCCGGAGCAGAGGAGAUUCUAUUGACGAAUGGAGACCAAGUUGGAGAGGAAGGCCCCAAAGAAGGCUUCACUCCUGGUCAAGUCUUCCCUUGCGCUGAAGGAUGCUCCGAGGUCUUUUGCACCGAAGCUUGCCGUGCUUGGGCGCUCGCGGAGUCUUCCCAUGCCAUUCUAUGCCGUUCACGCAUGGAACCAUCCAGUUCCUCCGCUCUACAAAGCUUAGAGCAGCUUGCUGAUGAGGCAGAUCAGGAACACUUGCUGCUAUUGGCCCAUGCCGUUGCACAGAUGAUCCUGGCAAGGAAGGCUGGAGCCUCUGAGGAGCAGGUGAAGCAUCGCUUUGCAUAUCAAUUCGCAUCAGCGCCCUGGAAGACCUUGGCUGAGAACGAGACCGAUGCUCAGGCCAGAGAAGAGUGGUUCGCACAGGCCUGGGAGUUGUUGAAGAGCAUUUUCGCCUUUGAAGACUUGGCAGUGGAGUUCUUGGAUCCUGAACUCCUCAGUGGGCUGCUUGGCACUUUUGAGCUUGUGAAUAUGUGUGUGAGUAUUCCACACCCACUGAACCUCCAUGGGCCACGGCUCAGACUUCUGGGUGAAGAGCUGGCAGCGGCACUGGUGAAGCUUCAGGAGCCCCUGCAAGAUAGCGAUAGCGAGCCGGGCGAGGAGGAUGCAGAUGAUGCUGAAGGCGAGGUCAUCAACGGUGCAGAGGCCUUGGAGUCGGCUUGCACGGGGCAGCUCUUCGAGAAUGUCAUGGGCACGGCAUUGUGUGAGGCCUUGGCCUUCAUCAACCACUCUUGCCUACCCAACUGCCGAGUAGAAUUUGCUUCAGGGAGCCAAUUUGAGGCCAAUGGGCCUGGGCUGUGGCUCUACUGUGUCUCCCGGCGUCCUUUGGUUCCCGGCGACGAAGUUCUGAUGGCCUAUGUGCCAUCAGUGGUGGGCAAACCCUUGGAGGUGCGCCAACAGAAGAUGAAGAAAUUUGGUUUCGAAUGCAAUUGUCGAAGCUGUGAGACUGACAAGGUUCUGGAAAUGGAAGUCGAGCCACCUACAUGAUCGCGUGCAAGUGACAAAACAAG